GCGCAUGCGCGGGGCGAGCGGCCGGCCGCCCCACGUUCCCGUGAUGCACCGGGUUUUCAAACUGUUAGCGGCGCGAGGGGAGCGGCUCGAGACAGAGCGAGGAGAGAAGAGAAGAGGCAUACACAUUAUUUUGGUGGGGAAACUUCCAGUUUGAAAUAGCAAAAAUGGAUAAAGGCUGCCCUUUCAAAUCUCCCUGCCAGCAGGAACAUAAAAAAUCCCAUUCAGGUUGUAGUGAUGACAAUCGUAUUCCUCUGUCCAUUCCUGCUUCCCCCUUCAUGAAGAAGCUGGGCUAUGGCACUGGUGUCAAUGUUUAUCUCAUGAAAAGAUCCCCCACAGGCAAAUCAAAUUCUCCAUGGGCUGUGAAAAAGAUUAAUACCAAGUGUAAUGUGAAGCAGAAAAGUGUUUACCUGGAGAGACUUCAGAUAGAGGCCAAACGCUUAAAAGAUCUUGAACAUCCUAACAUUGUUGGAUAUCGAGCUUUUAUGAAAGCCAAUGAUGGAACACCAUGUCUGGCUAUGGAGUUUGGAGGAGAGAAGUCUCUGUAUGAUCUGAUAGAAGAAAGAAGUGAAAAUGGGAAAGCACCUUUUCCUGCUUCUACCAUCUUUAAAGUAGCUUUGCAUGUGGCUUAUGGAUUGAAGUACCUGCACAAUGAGAAGAAAUUGCUACAUGGAGAUAUUAAAUCUUGCAAUAUAGUAAUUAAGGAAGACUUUGAGACCAUUAAGAUCUGUGAUGUAGGUGUUUCGCUUGAAUUGGAUGAGAACAUGCAAGUGAGUGGUCCAAAUGUAACAUACAUUGGGACUGAACCAUGGAAGCCAAGAGAGGCUCUGGAAGAAAAUGGUCUAAUUACAGACAAAUCAGACAUCUUUGCCUAUGGCCUUACAUUGUGGGAAAUGAUGACCCUUUCUAUGCCUCAUGUAAAUAUUUCUGACGACUCUUUUGAUGACGAUAGUUUUGAUGAGGAUACUUAUUAUGCAGCUUUGGGUACUCGACCUGCACUCAACAUGGAGGAGCUAGAUGAUUCAUACAAGGAGGUUAUUGAACUGUUCCUGGUCUGCACAAAUGAAGAUGCUCAAAAACGACCCUCAGCUGCACAGAUAGUGGAAGCAUUGGAGGCAACGAUCAAAAAGAAAUAAUUAAGUGUUUUUCUCACUUGUUUUGCCAAUUUAAUCCUCCAGAUUUAAAGCUGUUACUUGCUAUUCAUUCUCUUGAUGUAAUUUAAAUCUUUAUUUCUAACUAUUUAUCUUGCUGUAAUAAAUUCCUUGUUUAUUAUCACAAUAAAAUCUCAAUGAUCCA